AUGUCCGGCUCGCCAGGUAACUGCAACAAGUGGUCGCUUGUGACUGACGGCCUGACGUGCACGGCGUUGGCGAGCCAGGCGGGGAUUACGCUGCAGCAGUUUUUGGCGUGGAAUCUGGCGUAUGGGGAGGGAGGGGAGGGGAGGGUAAGUAAUGCUGCUGGUGCUGCUGGUGCUGCUGGUGGUGGUGGUUACUAG